CGGCUAUUCAAUGUUUGAAGAGGAAGAAGCUAUAUGAACAGCAAAUAGAACAGCUUGGAAAUUUCCAACUGCGCAUUCAUGAUCAGAUGAUAAUGUUAGAAGGUGCAAAAGCCACUACAGAAACUGUAGAUGCAUUGAGAACUGGAGCAUCUGCAAUGAAGGCAAUGCAGAAGGCAACAAAUAUCGAUGAUGUGGACAAGACUAUGGAUGAGAUCAAUGAACAGACAGAGAAUAUGAAACAGAUACAAGAGGCUCUGUCUGCUCCCAUUGGUGCCGCAGCUGAUUUUGAUGAGGAUGAAUUGGAGGCGGAACUUGAAGAACUAGAAGGUGCUGAAUUGGAAGAACAACUUCUUCAGCCUGCAACCACAGCUCCAGCAGCUCCAGUGCAGGUUCCAGCAGGGAGGCAACCAGCCCGUCCUGUUCCUCAGAAGCGCACAGCUGAGGAAGAUGAACUUGCUGCCUUACAGGCUGAGAUGGCACUUUGAGCAGGUAUUGUUUACCAGAAUGUUGAAGAGCUUUUUUAAUGAUUGGUCAAUACUGUAUUAUGGAGUUUAUGCAACUUUCACGCAUCAUAUGUGCAUUUAAUGGUCUGAACAGACAAUGUAUAUAGAGAUGGCGUAAACUAAAGAAACUGUGCCAUUUUAAUUAUGUAACCUGUGUUCUGGAGUUUUGUCUAGCUCUCUUUCUCUCUCUUACAGUGUGAACAGUUAUUAUUAUUAUUUUUUUUCCCUUUUUCUGUA